AUGGCUGAUAAUAGUAAGAUUAACUUGCAAAGUUAUAACUUGGUCAAGUUAUUGAAGAGAUUGGAAGAUGCUACUUCUCGUUUGGAAGAUGUUACUUUGUAUCAAGAAGGUUACAUCCAAUCAAAGAUCGAAUCCGCUAUGAGCGAUGAAAGUGAAAAAUCAGAAUUUUUAUCAGAACCAUCAAUCUCUAAAGAUGUCCCUACCACUUCAGAAUCUCCAAGUAAGCCAUCAGAGGAAUCUAGUGGCGAAGCUGACCCAAAGUCAGUCAUUGAUUUCGAUGAAUUGUUGAACAAGACAAUUCAUCCAUUCGUCGAAUUAUCCGAAAAAAUUGAUCCAGUUGUUUGUGAUGCUGCCAAGUCUUUGGAAUUGGGUUUUAAAACUCAAGCUUCCAUCUUGAAGUCUGCAAUUGUUGCGGCUCAACCAGACUUCUCUUCUGAAGCAUUCACAAAUGCUCUGAGACCAAUCAACGAAGCUGUCAUGAAAAUUAACGACUUGAAAGAUUCUAAUCGUCAAAGCAAAUUCUAUCCUCAUUUGAACUCGAUUUCAGAAGGUAUCCCUGUCCUUUCUUGGAUGGUUCUUCCUACUCCAUUUUCUUACGUCAGUGACAUAAAAGAUGCUGCUCAAUUCUGGACAAACAGAGUUUUGAAGGAUUUCAAAGAAUCUGAUCAAGAUUCCGUAGAAUGGGUAAAGAAAUAUUUGAACAUCUUUGAGGAAUUGAAAAAAAUUAUAAAAGAUCAUCACACAACAGGUAUUGUUUGGAAAACUGAUGGCAUCGAUUUCUCUGAAGCUAUCUCAAAGACUAGUGCUGGUGCAGCUUCCAGCACUCCAGCUCCAACUUCAGCUCCAGCCCCAUCUGCAGGUGGCCCUCCUCCUCCACCUCCACCACCUCCAUCAUCUGUAUUUGAAGUCAAAGAUGAUGCUCCACAAGAAAAGGCUGGUAUUACUGCUGUUUUUGCAGAGUUGAAUCAAGGUACUGACAUUACCAAAGGUUUGAAGAAAGUUGACAAGUCUCAACAAACUCAUAAGAAUCCUGAAUUACGUGCCUCUUCAUCUGUUUCUUCAGCUAAAGCACCACCUCCAAAACCAAAGAAACCAACUUCAUUAAAGACCAAGAAACCACCAAGAAAGGAAUUGCUUGGUAACAAAUGGUUUAUUGAAAAUUAUGAGAAUGAAUCAGCCCCAAUUGUUAUUGAUGCAAACAAGGAUGAAUCUGUAUUUAUUGGUAAAUGUUCUAGUGUCAUGGUACAAAUUAACGGUAAAGUUAAUGCUAUCUCUAUGAAUGAAUCUGACAAUACCAGUGUAGUAUUGGAUUCUUGUAUUUCAGGAUUGGAAGUGAUUAAAUGUACUAAGUUUGGAAUUCAAGUUCAACAAUCUUUACCACAAAUCACUUUAGACAAAUCUGAUAGUGGUAAUAUCUAUCUAUCCAAGGAUUCUAUGGACGCUGAAUUAUACACUUCAAGCUCUACAUCAGUUAACGUCAACUUGCCUGUUGGUGAAGAUGGUGAUUAUGUCGAGUUCCCAAUUCCAGAACAAUUAAAACAUACUUUUGCAAACGGUAAGAUGAAUUCUGUAGUUUUCGAACACGCUGGAUAA